AUGGACUCGACGAGGAAGCGGGAGCUCGAGGCCAAGGCCAAGGCCGAGGCUGAGCUGCUGCGGACGCGUGAGGAGGCAGCGAGGCGCGAGCGCCGCGGACGCGCCGACCAGCGGAGGGCGGAGCUGCAGGCGCACGACGAGACGUGGCGGCGCGAGAUGGCGGCCCACACCGAGCACGCGCGCUCGGUGGCUCGCGCGCUCCGCGAGCACAUCGGGUGGCACUGGCGGCCGAGCAGCGACGCGUUCGCCCGCUACCCCGAGGGUCUCCUCCGCAUCCCCGAGCGCUUCGUGGCCGUCCACGUGGACCGGGUGGUGCUGCCCCUCCUCGUCCGCUGCGUCGAGGUGGAACUCGAGGGCGCGUAUGCCAGGACCGCCUUCCGCGACGAGUUCCUCAGCGAGGGGAGGUACGCCCGGCGGGUCGACCUGCUGCCUGUCGCGCCGCCAGCGCUGCAGCUGCUCGACCGCCUCAGCAGCGCGACGUGCAAGACCUUCGACGAGGCGCUGUGCGCGGCGGCGACGCAUCUCUACCAGGCAGGCGUGGUUGCUCCCUUCCAGAACCCGGAGCUCUGGCGCAUCCCCGACAGUGGCACCCUGCGGGUCACCGUCGAGAAGCGCGCGACAGCGGAGGGGUGGGAGCUCUCGGGCGCCAGGCGCAAGACGGGCCCGGAGGCGCGCAAGGAGGGGAACAGAGUCAUGCGCCGUCGGGGGGCCACCGCCGACGGCGGCAUCAGCCGUCGUGCGGUCAGUCGAGUGGUGUGCGUUUUUCCGAAGGAGGCGGCAGACGCCGGCGGCGCGCCACCUACCCCGACCACGCCACGGCCACCAUGCACGCGCUGCGGCCUGGACCGCAUCCCCGACGACGCCGAGCAAUGCCCGGAUUGCGGCUGGCCCCUCGACGAGACCUGGGACGAGCACGAAACAUACCACUGGCAGGAUGGCAACGACCUCCGCUGCUGCGCGUGCGGCGAGCUGUGGUCGGCGAAGGUGCAGCACUGCCUGGGGGACUGCUGCGGCGGCCCCGUCGAGCCAGUCGAUGGCUCGUGGCACGUCGAAUGGGUGAGCGGAGGGGCGCUGCACUCGGAGAUGCCCGUCUUCUUCAAUGGCCGCUACCGUGAAGCAGACGUGGAGGAGGAGGCGAAGCGGAGUGCCAAGGCCGCGGCGUGCGCGGCCAACAACUACGACUUCAUGACGUGGGCGGCGAGCACGCGCGGCGGCAUUGGCCGCGAGGCGGCGGAGUGGUUCACCACCGGCUUCGCCGCCAAGGUCGCCCUGGCGCGCUCCGACGGCGAGAAGUGGCGAGUGCGCAACGAGCGCAAGCGCCUCCUGCAGCAGCACUCGGCCAUCAUUGCGAGGCGCAACUGGGAGAUCACCCAGCGCAACGCGUGGCCGAGGAUGGGCGGCGUGGCGCCGCGAGCGCCGCCAGUCGAGUAG